AUGCAUCUAGUUAUGCUUACAAUUAUUUAUUGGUCUUGGCUAGCUGCAGCAGGUCAUACCGCCACCAACCAGAACAAUAAGCAACAGUGCCGGCAGGUUUCUUUCGAGAUUACUGCUUCAGCCCAUAACCGAAAUAUCACUGGUAUCGACCUGACUUCAAGCUUAGAUUCUCUUGUGAAGUUUUACCAUGUCGCGCCAGUGAUCGAAGUUGGCGGAUGUCAGACUCUUGCCGGUACUUACUGCGAGCCAUCAGUGCAUAACGAUAACAAUGGCAAGCUACAGGUAUUCUUUGGAAGCAUUACGGCAGAUCGAAGUGGUUGGGAUGCCCUCAGAAGCCCAGAGUUUUCUGACCCAUACAAGCCGGACCGAUACUCAUGGACAGAAUAUGCCAACAGAAAAGGGUAUCCCACACUGACUAUUGAUCGACUCGGGACGGGAAAGUCUUCACAUCCUGAUCCAGUCCUUUUGGUUCAGGCACCGUACGAGAUUGCACUUUACAUAGCUCUUGCUAAGCAUAUCCGAGCAGGAACAACCGGGCAGCUUCCUCAAGCCUAUGAGCAUCUGAUUUUCAUCGGCAAUCCAUACGGUUCGCAGCUCGGCGCGGGCAUUGCAGGUGCUGAACCCACGGCCUUUGACGAAUUUAUACUCACUGGCUUCUCGAAAAACUUCCAGCAAGACAUACUUGGCGUGGCCCUGGCCGCCCCGCUUCCAGCGCAAGCAGUUGAUCCUGCACGGUUUGGCUCCUUGCCCGUUGGUUAUCUAACGACAUCGAGUCAGGUCGGUCGUACCAACUCGUUCUUUGGAUCCAAGAAGCAGGUUGAUUAUGAGAACAAGGUCGCAAACCUUUUCUUUCAACGCAAAGAUGUAGUCAGUGUUGGCCAGUUCGUCAGUAUCUAUGCCAUCGAGUACGCGGCACCUAAAUUCAAAGGAAGGCUGUUGGUGCUCAAUGGCGAGCAGGAUCAGGCUGUCUGUGGCCCUGGUAGUCCUGUACUGGGCUUGGCCGCGUGCACACCAAUCACCGAAGAUACUGGUGUAUUGUUUCCGACCGCUGAUUACCAUUGGAAAACAGUAAACAGAGUGGGAUACGCCAUCCAACUACACGCCAGGUCGCAGAUUGUAUUUGAUAUCGCUCACUGCUUUCUUAAGGGGAAAUCAUAUAAGGGUGUAUGCUUAGGCAUGGCUGACGAGGAUUACGCUCCGGGCACAAUUAUACUCGAAAACCGUGGCAUCUACGGCUGGGAUACUGGGACAGGCUGGCUCCCCUACAUUGCUGCUGUACUCUACUGCUUCGCCGCAAAUGGUGUUGUUACACACAUUGCCGAGGAGCUACCCAGCCCGGGUCGCAAGCUUCCCCAAGUCCGGAACAUGAGUAUGCCUAUGGGCAUCGUCAUCGUCAUUCCAUGGACCGUUGCUAUGCUCUAUUCUAUCAAGGACCUGAGCGCUGUUCAGAGUUCCUUUCUCCCAAGCUUCGAGGUCUUUUACCAGGCCACUGGAAGUAAAGCCGCUGCAACUGCUCUGCAAGCUUACCUGACGUUCCUUUACUAUACGUGCAUUCCAAUCAUCGCUAAGGAGCGUCUACAGCAAGGACUUCCGUUGGCCGAAUACUGGCAGCAUAUCGAUCCAAAGCGUGGUAUUCCAUGGAGAACAACGCUUCUUUCUGCCACCUUUUGCGCUCUCUACUGUUUGAUCUACGUCGCAAGCACAACGGCCUUCAACUCAAUUAUCAAUGCAACAUGCCUCAUGCUGAACCUUUCAUACGUUAUCCCUCAGGGAGUCUUGCUUACACAAGGCCGCGAUAAGUUGCCACGACGUGCCUUUAGCCUCGGUAAACUUGGUUAUGCAGUCAAUCUGUACUCGGUUGUGUUUAUGAUUGUUAUUGGCGUUGUGUUCUGUCUUCCGCAGACCAAUCCUACAACUGCCGGGUCUAUGAACUAUAAUGCCCCAGUAGUUGUUGGUCUCUUCACGAUAGUUUGCCUCCUCUGGAUUGAGAGACGGUCCAAAUUCAAAGGCCCGCAUAUUGACUGGGACUUACUCAACGAAGCUAAUCAAGAGGACUAA